AUGCUCGCCUUGUCGCUGUGUGUUGGUGUGCGGCCUGCCGUGAGCAGCGCGUGUCACGAAGACGAGGGCGAGGGCGGGGGCGACGGCAACCGCGCGGACGCGGAGUAUGCAAUUUUCCUGGCCAUCCUGUUGUUGCUGGAGAUGACUGCUGGAAUUCUAGGCUUCAUCUGUAAAGAUUCAAUAAAACGUCAAGCAACUGAUGGAUUUCAAGCAUUCAUUGUACAUUAUCGAGAAGAUCCUGACCAACAGAAUCUUAUUGACUGGAUUCAAGAAGAUUGGUUGCAGUGCUGUGGAAUUGAAGGACCCAAAGACUGGGACCGAAACAAUUAUUUCAAUUGUUCAUCUCGUAAAGUUGGAAGUCGUGAAGCCUGUGGUGUUCCAUUUUCCUGUUGCAAGAGAAAACCAAAUACACUACUCUACCUAACACAAACUAAGAGCUGUCGCCUCUGCUUGAGACCUGGGCUGGCUAACCCUCGCCCUGUUGUGCAGACGGGGGAGCGAAACAUCUACGAGAGGGGUUGCUUGCGAGCAGGGGAAGAGUGGGUGGAGGCCAACUUGGUGCCUGUAGCAGGUGUGGCUGUGGGCGUGGCGGUUCUGCAGCCAUAUGAUGUAAGCAAGAUCAUCAAUGAGAAGGGCUGUGUCCAGGCAGGGGAGGAGUGGAUUGAACGCAACUUACUUAUAGUGGCCAUUGUAGCUGUUGCUACAGCUUUCUUACAGAUUCUAGGAAUAUGCUUUGCACAAAAUCUCCGUGCAGACAUAUUUGCACAGAAAGCAAAGUGGCAUUGACAAUUACGGGCCCCCACUGCUGUCUAGUGGCAGCCGCGGCUGAAGUGAGCUGGCUUGCACUAACUGGUUCAAUGCAAGCAGCUUCUUCGCAGUGAGGGGCCCCCUUGAUGCUACUGCUUACCCUGGAGGGUAAAGUGACAAUGCUACCACUCAGCGAAAAAUUUGGACAAUUUUUAUGAGAACAAUAUACAUAAAUAUGAUAAAUAUAUAUAAAUAUAUAAAUAUGUAUAGAGCAUUUUUAACAAGUACUAUGUGUUCAACUUAUGAACAGCUGUGCACUUCACUUACAAGAUUGAAAUACAUGUGCCAGAUGAAAUGAAGCAUACUUCUGGUAAAUUUGUUGGAUUGGUUGAAUCUUCAUGAACACCAACUUGAUGCAAGAGUAGCUUUCUUUCAAGAGCUUUUAAAAUCAAUAUUGCUGGUUAAUUUUGUUCUUUAAUCACAUAUCCAAAUUUGAGCUAUUCUUUUAGAGUCUUUCUACCUGUGAACAAUGCAUGGAAGGCACUCUCAUGAAGUAUUAUCUAUGGUGUGGGUUUCAUGCUUAUUUUAACGAUACCACUAGUUUAGCAAUUUCUAACCAGCAUCUUAGUUUGUAAGUGAUAAAUGACAUGUCUCAGUUCAUAUGUGCCAGGACUACAUACCACAAAACUAAAAUGCUGCUGAUCAGCACCUUUGUGCCUAAAUUGUCCACAGUGGCCAACUAUCUGUAACAGUUUUGCAGCACCAAAUCCACGUGAUAUUCUAGAGCUGUGAAAGUUGCAUCACAGUACAAAUAUUUCCUCCACAGGCCAAUAUGCCAGUAGGUUUUGUGAUCAAGAUUGGCAGUCUUAAACUUUCUUAGUGAUAUUUGUCAAACAAACUGGUAAUAAAGAACCUCAAAACUGGAGCAUAGUUCACAGUAGCUUGGUAUAUUUUUAAGUUACGUGUAUAUUGGUUAAUGUUUUGUAUGUCAUAAGCUCAAUUUGGAAUGAGAUUAUCUAGUUUUGUGGAAAAGGGUCAUAGAGCAUAGUACUUUCUGUGCUAUGCUAGACCUGUGCCAUGUGGUCCCUUUCACUGUUACAUAAUUCAAUUAUGUAAAACAAUACUCUUAUAGAAAUUAUCUAGAUAUAUUUUGUUCCAAGAAUUAUGUAGGUGCUAAAAUAAUAUUACUAAUAAUUGUGUUUGUCAGAACUGAAUGUCAGUUCUGAUAUCUUUUAAUUUAACUUUCUCAUGGAGAGAAGCUGAUUCUCAAAAUCAUCAGACCACUCCAAAUGAAGUAAUGCUCUCGGCAAGAAGUGAUCUUGUAUUAGGUUUCUUAUGCUACGUAUUGAUAUAAAACUGUGAUCAUGGGUAGCAGAUGCUGGGAGAUGAAAGUUAGACAUUGAGAAACAUCAAAUGCUUUAACAUUGUAAAUUGUACCCAAUAGCUGGUGAUUACAAGAGUCAUACCGUAUUUAAUUCUUUUUUCACUCAUUCUGCAGUUAACUGUUUAGUAGGAGUGGAUUAAUGUAAAAAGAUGUCUGUUCAUAAAUUUGACAAAAUAUAGGUAUUUUUCUGUGAAUUAAAAAGCAAUCAGGAAGGAAAGCAAAGAGGAAGGUAAUACUAAUAGUGAACAUUUAAUCAUUUUCAUAAAUUUAAUAAUCAUUUUUGUGAUGUGUCACCAAGUUCUCCCCUCUUCUGCUCUUUUCUCCUUCCUCAAAAGGGAAGAAGUAUUCCACUUCCAAGACAUUCUAUGGAUGUUAAGCCAUAUAUAUUUACUGAAAAUAUCUUUUAUAAAAAAAUAAAAAUAAAAUAUUGUGUUAUUUCUUAGCUGUAUGUAUAUUUAGAGAGCUGUAACUUUAAAUAUAUCUCUUAGUAAUAGAAUUUUAAGUAAUAGUUAUGUUACUUUUGCUACAUUACAUUGAUCAUGUAAACAUUUUUGUCUGUGACAAAAUUAAUUCCUUAGAAUUCCAGUGUGAGCAGGACAACAUGACUGCCAAAGAAAUAAACAAGUGCAUGUGAUAAAUUCACGAAGCAGUACUAUGUGUUUAGGUGCUCAUCAUUUUAAAUUUUUGAUCUGUGAAGGAGUCUCAACAUACAAGAUUACUUUGUGGUUGUUCAUAUCUAUAAAUAAACAUGGUGAACUUUCCCUUGAGCUGUACUAUGUAAUGUUUACAGAGCCUUAACAUUUUACAAAUAAUGUAACAACAUUAUUAGAAAUCUUAUAAUGCAAGUAUUUUGAAUAAAACUAUGCCAGAUCAGUGAAACCAUUGGCGUGUCAGUGUUUGGUCAGUUCAGUGGUGUCACAGGUAUGAACAUGUUUGUAAAAUAUUAUUUUGUAAAUUCACUUCUGUCAAAUUAGCCAUUAUAAUGAUCACCUAAAAUCACUUGUACUUAAUCAUAAGAAAGAUGGAUAAAAUUUUAUGCUGAACAUUCAGAUGUACAUUCCUGAAUCCUCAGUAAAUGGAUACAUUUUUUUUGUAAAAAGCAUUUGCACAUUCAUCUACAAAUUGCAAUUGUGAUUUCUGUUUAGCAUUUGAUAAUAUUUUUAUACAUCAGAACCUAACAAUAUUUUAUUUCAGAGUAAGAAACGCUCAUUUGAUAUAUUUUAUACUUCUACUGGUGUGUUUAGCUGAUAUUUUUUAAUAAUUUGUACCAUUAUGUAAUUAUAUUUCAUUUUUAUUGAAUAAUAAAAAUUGCUUAUAUUAAAUGCAUGCACAAAAUGAAAAUGCCUUCUUCCUGGUCUGCAUUUUUAUGUUAAACUCGUGAGUGGAAGGGGGGAGGGCUUGAGGAGUUGCAAUGUCAUUUUAGUUGACUCAGGAAAUUUCUUGUUCUACUAAUACAGGAACGUUUUAAGUUGUCUGCAAUUUGAAGCAUUUUCCAAAAGUAAAGCUAAGGGGAAUGAUAGAAAUAUUAAGUAAUGAAAAUGUUAGCAUCAUUGUCUCAUAUUCAAAAUUCUCCAAGUACAGGAGAUAUUAAAAUAAUAGCUCUUUUAGUAAAAAAAUAAAAAUAUAAAACCUAUAUUGUUUUCAUAUUCAUGACUUAUUUUCAUCUGGAGUCGAGAUACAAAUAUUAUUCUUUCAAUUAUUAUGAAUAAAAAAG